AACCCUCGACCGGCACUCACUAUUCCCACAGACGCGACCUUACUACGCGUGAUUCACGACUUUAGCGCUCGUUCCCCCGAUGAGCUUACAUUACGCAAGGGGGAGCAUGUAGAGUUGCUGGAAAAGGACGGUAGGAAUUGACGGCUCCUCCGCGUCUCUUGUACAUAAAGCUCUUUCAGCGCUGACCAUUGCAACAAAGACGGGUUCAAUGACGGAUGGUAUCUGGUGAGUUUCACCGUUCAUUCCGCUCCGAUCAUUCCUCCAAUCGUGUUUGGUGAUUGGAAAAAUAUUAUUACUAUUACGCUGUUCUAUCAUACAUGGUCUUCCGCCUCCUUUGCCUGUCGCCGCUGCUGCUAUGACGCUUGCGUGCCCACCUGCGCUUCAGCAUAUUUUUCGCUUUUCCCUUCAGGAAGGGAGAGUAGGAGGAGGAGGAGGAUUGACGGAGGAGAGGGGGAGAGAGAGGGGGAGAGAGGGAGAGGAGGGGGGGGGGCUGGAAGAGGAAAAAAAGCAAAAGAAGAUAUCAUUCUCUGCGGCCAGCACAUGUGUGUACAUGUACAUUGCGUUGCUUCGGCACUGCAUUGGACAUUCUGUUGGCCUUUUUUCUGUCUCUCCCCCCACAAUGAUACACAGAAGCGCCCUGGCAGCAGCAGCGACAGCACGCACUUUCACAUCAUAUUCCUUUUCGCGAACUAGGCCUCAAAGCUCGAGGAAAGUAAUUCGCUAAUCUUGCGAGGGUUACGCAGGGACGCUCUCUUACCACCAACGUAAAAGGCCUUUUCCCUCAAGGUGAGUUUUCUUUUUCUUCCACUUCCCAUACUGCC